UGGGGGUGGGAAUUGGAGCUGAGCAAGGGGGGAGGAGGGGCGGCAGGCGUCGUCGGGAAACCCUGUCCUGUAGCCCGCAGCCCUUCACCUGUCUCACCCCUUCCCUUCCCCAGUCACCCCCCCCCCCAAAGCAUUUGUGCCCCCAGCCUCUCAGCACAGCCGCUGCAUUUCCUCGGAGGCCUGAGGGCGGCGGUUGUAGCUUCGGUUCGCGUGGGAGUGGGGAGUGUGAAUUACACCACAACAUGCCAGAAUUUAGCAUACUUGCUGGUGCUUGAGAGCCUUGGGUAAAAUACGGGUGAGGCGGAGGGGGAAACCAAACUGUUAGUUACGUUGUGGGAUCGUGGCAGAUGGUUGAAGCUUAUCCUCAGCCCCGUCUUUUCCGGGUUCCUGCCUUUUACAGCCGUGAUCCAUCCUGGAGUCAUGGCAGUGCCCUUUGUGGAAGACUGGGACUUGGUGCAAACCCUGGGAGAAGGUGCCUAUGGAGAAGUUCAACUUGCUGUGAAUAGAAGAACUGAAGAAGCAGUUGCAGUCAAGAUUGUAGACAUGAAACGUGCCAUAGACUGUCCAGAAAAUAUUAAGAAGGAGAUCUGUAUCAAUAAAAUGUUAAAUCAUGAGAAUGUAGUGAAAUUCUAUGGCCACAGGAGAGAAGGCAAUAUCCAGUAUCUAUUUCUGGAGUACUGUAGUGGAGGAGAACUUUUUGACAGAAUAGAGCCAGACAUAGGCAUGCCUGAACAAGAUGCUCAAAGGUUCUUCCAUCAACUCAUGGCAGGGGUGGUUUAUCUACAUGGUAUUGGGAUAACUCACAGGGAUAUUAAGCCAGAAAAUCUCCUAUUGGAUGAAAGGGAUAACCUCAAGAUCUCUGACUUUGGCUUGGCAACAGUGUUUCGGCAUAAUAAUCGUGAGCGUUUAUUGAACAAGAUGUGUGGCACUUUACCUUAUGUUGCUCCAGAACUUCUAAAGAGAAAAGAAUUUCAUGCAGAACCAGUUGAUGUUUGGUCCUGUGGAAUAGUACUUACAGCAAUGUUGGCUGGAGCUUUGCUGCAUAAAAUCCUAGUUGAGAAUCCAUCAGUAAGGAUUACCAUUCCAGACAUCAAAAAAGAUAGAUGGUACAAUAAACCUCUCAAGAAAGGGGCAAAGAGGCCCCGAGUCACUUCAGGUGGUAUAUCAGAGUCUCCUAGUGGAUUUUCUAAGCACAUUCAAUCCAAUUUGGACUUCUCUCCAGUGAACAGUGCUUCUAGUGAAGAAAAUGUGAAGUACUCCAGUUCCCAACCAGAACCACGGACAGGUCUUUCCUUAUGGGACACCAGUCCUUCAUAUAUUGAUAAACUGGUACAAGGGAUCAGUUUUUCCCAGCCCACAUGUCCUGAUCAUAUGCUCCUGAAUAGUCAGUUACUUGGCACCCCAGGAUCCUCACAGAACCCUUGGCAGCGCUUGGUUAAAAGAAUGACACGGUUUUUUACCAAAUUGGAUGCAGACAAAUCUUACCAAUGCCUGAAAGAGACUUGUGAGAAACUGGGCUAUCAAUGGAAAAAGAGCUGUAUGAAUCAGGUUACUGUAUCAACAACUGAUAGGAGAAACAAUAAACUGAUUUUCAAAGUGAAUUUGGUAGAAAUGGAUGAGAAGAUCUUGGUUGACUUUCGGCUAUCUAAGGGUGACGGAUUGGAAUUCAAGAGACACUUCCUGAAGAUUAAAGGGAAACUGAGUGAUGUUGUGAGUAGCCAGAAGGUUUGGCUUCCUGCCACAUGAGAGAUCCAUUGGAUUCCUGGUGAAUAUAGUGCUGCUAUGUUGACAUUAUUCUUCCUAGAGAAGAUUAUCCUAUUCUGCAAACUGCAAACAUUAGUCCCUGAAGAGUUGUCUUCCCUCUAGCCAAACAUUUUCCAAUUCUUUUUGUAUGUCCUGCAUACAAACAAUACCUGUAUCUUCACUGUAACUAAAGAUUUGGGGAACGAAUGGAUAGAAUUCAUUAGAUAUUUCUUCAUCUUGUGUUUAGUGUCUACAUGUGAUGGAAACCAUACUUUGGGAAUACAUGAGCUUACCAGCUUUUAUACCAAUGUAAUGAAAGAUGAUAUUCUUGCCACAUUGUUAACAAAACAUUUGGUUUCAUCCAAAAAGUACAUGUUUCCUUCAUGUUGAUUUAGUUAUAUGGAUGGAUUAGUAAUAAAAGCAAUCCCUGUAACUUUUGGACAGUAGAUUUAUCAGCCUAUAAAGUGAAGCCAACUUCAAAAAAUGUAUCCUCAAGAUUUGUACUUCUAUUUUCACAAGGGCAUGACCAAGUAUAUAAAUCUGUUUUUGAAUUAUAACUGUUAAUUAAAAUUGCAAGUAGGUAUGUUUUUUUCCAGUGUGGUUAAUAAUAUAUAUAAUACUGGUUGGUCUUUCAAGUAGAAGUUGAGCAUAAACUCUAAUGCUUAACUACCUUUACUCUAAAAUUACUAUUGCACAUUUUAAAUAUUUUUCUAUAUUAUUUUCUACUUUCACAGCCAUAUUUUAAUUCUUUAUUAAAGAAAUAAAUUUUAUUUUGAAAAUGAA